CGUGGCGGUCAGCAGGCAGCCGGGCCGCAGGUCCCGCGAGCCGCGAGCACGCCCGGGGAAGCAGACGCACGGCGACGGCGCGCGAAGCGGGAAAUGGAAUUGGAUUGAGUCCUCUCGCUUCCCGUAAUCCCACUCGGCCCCCCGGACCGGCCGCCGGACCGCCAGCCGCCGCCCACCGUCGCCUGUGAGCAGCGCCCGCCUGGGGACAAAGUACACUACUUUCAAUCUGGAAAACCGUCAAAUGAAGAAACGUGCUUAAAGUUCUAGAUCGUUUACAGAAGAGAGACCUGUUCAGCUUUAAGGAAGAAAGAAUAAUGUUGUCCUUAAAUAACCUACAGAAUGUCAUCUACAACCCGGCAAUCCCCUAUGUUGGGACCAUUUCUGAACAGUUGGAGCCUGGAAGUUUGAUUGUUAUACGAGGACAUGUGCCUGGUGAUUCAGACAGAUUCCAAGUGGACUUACAGUGUGGAAGCAGUGUGAAGCCUCGCGCCGAUGUGGCCUUUCAUUUCAACCCACGUUUCAAAAGGACCAACUGCAUUGUGUGCAAUACUCUGAAAAACGAAAAGUGGGGUUGGGAAGAGAUCACUCAUGACAUGCCUUUCAGUAAAGAGAAGUCUUUUGAAAUUGUGAUCAUGGUGUUGAAAGACAAGUUUCAGGUGGCUGUAAAUGGAAAACACACGCUGCUCUACAACCACAGGAUUAGCUCUGAAAAUAUUGACACUCUGGGCAUUUAUGGCAAAGUGAAUAUUCACUCAGUUGGUUUUAACUUCAGCUCGGAUUUAAGAAGUACCCAGGUACCUUCUUUGGAACUGACAGAGAUAAGUAAAGAAAAUGUACAAAAGGCUGACACAUCACACCUUCCUAGUGAUAGAGAAGGAGAAAUUUCUAAAACCGUACCCAGAACUGUCUACACCAAGAACAGAGUUUCGGCCACCAGUCACACUUUGACUUGCGCCAAAACACUACCUCUCAGCUGUUUGUCAAAGACUCUGCCAUUCACUGCCAGGUUGAACAUCCCAAUGGGCCCUGGACGAACUGUCGUGAUUAAAGGAGAAGUGAAUACAAACGCCAAAGGCUUUCAUGUCGAUCUAAUAUCAGGAAAAUCAAAAGAUAUUGCUCUCCAUUUGAACCCGCGCCUGAAUAGUAAAGCAUUUGUGAGAAAUUCUUUUCUUCAGGAGUCCUGGGGAGAGGAAGAGAGAAAUAUUACCUGCUUCCCAUUCAGUCCUGGGAUGUACUUUGAGAUGAUAAUUUAUUGUGAUGUCAGAGAAUUCAAGGUUGCAAUAAAUGGUGUGCACAGCCUGGAGUACAAACACAGAUUUAAGGAGCUUAGCAAUAUCGAUACACUGGAAGUUGACGGAGAUAUCCACUUACUGGAAGUAAGGAGCUGGUAGCCGACGUGACUGCUGAAAACUGAAAUACAAAAUGGCUUAUAUAAUGCUGGCCUCGUUCCUGUGCAUCUCACUCGCAUUACAUUAUUAACAUACAUUGUUAACAUGGGCUUACAUAAUGUGAAGCUGGACUGGGUAUUCCCAGGCCUUGCCAUGCAGUGUGGUGUUGUCUGGAAUGAAGAAAUUUGGGGUAACAGUAACUUCUUGCUGUUAUGGUGAUUCUGCUCUCGCUUGCACCCUGGUUGCCUCUUGUUUAAAUUUGCUUCAUAUUCAACAAGUGUUUAUGGCAUGCCCACCGAGGGUGGCUAAUAGGCACUGAGCACUGAUCUUUGUUAGCACUGUGCCAGGAGUAAAGGAAGAAACACACUGGUGUGGAGAACGACCAGUCUGGAACUCAAGCUUUUCUGUACGCUCGUUUUUAUUUCUAGGUAUUGCAUAAACCCACCAGGGACUUAAAAGCAUUACUUAGCUAUUUAAAUCGCCCUAAUUUAAAGAAGAUUCUAAUUUAGUGAUCAUCUUCCUAACCACUCUUUUUGAUGUUGAUGGAGACGUAUGGCUCCUUCUUUCUUCCAUCCCCUGCCUCCCCCCCCCUUCCUUCCAACAAUCAGUGGUGCUGGGAGGGCCAAAACCACUGUUUUUGAUGUUGAUAAAUACAUAUGGCUAUUUCCUUUCCUUUCCUUUCCCUCUCCCUCUUUCUUUCUUUCCUACACCUGGUGGUGCUUCGAAGGCCUUUCUGCUCACUGUUCUGAGAGAUUGCUAGGGGACCGUGAAAUGCUGGGUAUUAAACACAGGCCUCGUGUGUAAAGCACAAGUUCUAGUCCUCGGAGCUGUCUCCUAGCCUUGGCUUUUCCUUCGGCAUAACUACUACCUAAAUGUACAAGCCUCUAGCACUUACCAGAUAAAUGAUAUGGAAUUUGAACAUUACAUAAAGAUUAGGCGUGCACAUGCGCGCACACACACACACACGCACGCAUGCACACAAGCAAAAAGGCAAAACAAAAACUAUUGUUGAAACUAAUUUGAUGUCAGUUUUAAGUUUUGUGCUAAUAAAUGCGUAUUUUAGAACAUUUGAAUUAAUGGCUGGAGAGACAGUACAGGGCUGUUAAGGCACCUGCUUUGCACGUAGCUGAGCCUGGUUUUAUCCCACCACCCCAUUGGGUCUUCUGGGCACUGCCAUUGAUUCUUAAGUGCAGAGACAGGAGUAAACUCCUGAGCACUUUCAGGUGUGACUCCGAAACAAAGCAAAACCAAAAAAACAAAACCUGGACUUACAGCAAAUCAAAGAUCUGCUCAUACUCCUAUAGAAAGUUUUAAGAUCACGGCCAGAUGAAUGUGGCCUGUUAGUUUAUGGGUAACAAAGCACUGUCAAGAUGAGAUAUAAAAGUUUGUAAAACAGCCAUAUUAGAGAUACAUGAAGACCGUGGGAGUGGUCACAUAAGUGUCGUUAGUUCACACACAAAACUUUCCACCUCUCUGCUCUUGCAAAGAUCAGCUCGUCAUCAUUAGGCUGAGAUCAAAAUAUUGUCCUACUUUAAGUGAUUAAAAUCAAACCUGUAUCAGCAAGUUAAAUUGUUGCAUUUCUGUAAUUUUUUCCUAUUCUUUGAAGCAGGUUGGCAGAAGUUCUUUAUAGAAUUUUUACGUGUCAGAUCUUGUUACAGGAAAUUUCAAAGGCUUGGGAGUGGGGAGGUAAAAAACUAAAUUAGUCAGAUCAUUUCAUUAUAUUAAGUUGCUGGGCUAAAUUUUGCCAGGAUUAUGGAUAAAUACUAUUUGUAGCCAUACUUUGGAAAGGUACUGUUACCAACCUCAACUUUUUAUAUCUGUGGAAAGUUCUAAUACCUAAUUCUUUUCCAUCUGUUCAUGUCAGUUGUUUAUUCUGGGCUAGGGCUGGAGCGAUAGCACAGCGGGUAGGGCAUCUGCCUUGCACGCAGCCAACAUGGCCGACCCGAGUUCGAUUCCUCCGCCCCUCUCGGAGAGCCCGGCAAGCUACCGAGAGUAUUCGAUAUGCCAGACACAGUAACAACAAAGUCUCCAAUGGAGACGUUACUGGGCCCGCUCGAGCAAAUCGACGAUCAACGGGAGGGCCUUUACUUUUACUUACUUACUGACACUAAAAGAAAUCACUCGGGGAACAGGGUGAGAAUUGAGAGUUGAAGGUCAGAAGGCUCUAAAAUUCCUCAAAGUUGUUAUUUUUUACAUAAAGACAUCAAGAGGUUUAAGACUGAGAUGUUGGGGACUGUAGGUCAUUUAAGGAAAAUUUAUACUAUUUCUUGUGAGUUUAAACAAUAUAUUUUCAUUUUCUCUACACAGACAAUUACUAAGACUUAUGAUUCUUUGAUCGAAUACAAAAUGUCAAGGUGUUUUUUUGGGGGGGUAAGAAACUGUUAACAUUUAUUAAUGAAUUCUGAGACCUUUCUUAAUGAAAAGUAUGAAUAUCUAGCAAGUCACAUCUUUAAAUUGCAAGCCAGGCUUUUCGCUUUGUCACAAUUCUGCGCCAGAUUUCUGUAUUAAAUAGCUCAAAGGAGUUCAAACUAAUUCAGACAUUCUGUGGGGCAGUUCUUCAGAUGCCUUAAAAUGCAUAAUUGAAAAUA